GAACAGUGAGUCGUCUGUCAAGAAAUGUUUACGGUCCAAUGGGCGUCGGCAAAUCAUACAUUUCAUGGUUCCUUGCGGCCAAGGCAUAUGCACAUGAUACUUUGACAGCCUCAGAGCUCGAGGAAAUGGUCGAAAUUGAAACAUCGGAAAAUCUUUUUGUGAGUAGCGCCAGCAGUAUCUUGGGUGACCUACUCCAGUCAAGAAGUCAGAAGGCAUUAUUUGUCGUGGAUGAGCAUGGUGCAUUAUUUCCAGAAAAAUAG